AUGGUCAACCCCACUGUGUUCUUCGACAUCAGUGUCAGUGGCAAGCCCUUGGGCCAUGUCUCCUUCAGGAUAUUUGCAGACAAGCUUUCAAAGACAGCACAAAACUUUCGUGCUCUGAGCACUGGAGAGAAAAGACUUGAUUAUAAGGGUUCCCGCUUUCACAGAAUUAUUCCAGGGUUUAUGUGUCAGGGUGGUGACUUCACGUACAAUAAUGGCACUGGUGGCAAGUCCCUCUAUGGGGAGAAAUUUGAUGAUGAGAACUUCAUCCUGAAGCAUAUACGUCCUGGCAUCUUGUCCAUGGCAAAAGCUGGACCCAACACGAAUGGCUCCCAGUUUUUCAUCUGCACUGCCAAGACUGAGUGGUUGAUUGGCAAGCAUGUGGUCUUUGGCAAGGUGAAAGAGGGCAUGAAUAUUGUGGAGGCCAUGGAGCCCUUUGGGUCCAGGAAUGGCAAGACCAGCAAGAAGAUCACCAUUGCUGAUUGUGGACAACUCUGCUAAGUUUGACCUGUGUUUUACCUUAACCACCAGACCAUUCUUUCUGUAGGUCAGGAGAGU